AUGGAGCUGCCUCAGACCAUCGGGAGUCCCGGUCCGAACGGUCCGAACUUCGAUGAGGUGCAGUGCGAGCGGCUUCUGCGAGAGCGCGCGGAAGCAGAGGUGGCGAGCCUCCAGCUCGACAUCAACUUCAAGAUUUCGCGCAUUCUGAUGCUUGAGUCGAAGCUCGAGGCUGCAGAAACCAGGUGUUCCGAGCUCGAGCGGCUGCAGGCCCACAUCCCCAGCGCCAUCUGCGACAGUGGUACGUGCGACGGUGAGUCCGCAUUGAAUCCAUUGGCAGCGGCCGAGCACUUCGAGAAGCUUUUCAAAGAGACCAGCGACCGGUAUGAGGUACUGUUUAAGGAGAUCGGCGAUCGUUACAGAGCAGCAAGGAAGCAGGGUAUAGAGUCUUUCGAUGGUGCAGAUUACUACAAUUCCGUGCUGCAGUUCUCCAAAGCGAUUUGGAUGCUGGAGCUGUGGCCAGAAGUGAAGCGGCCCGAGUCAUGGGCCCCAGGCAUGGCCGAGAUCCUGGUCAACAGAGGUUUGGCCCACGUCAAGCACAGGCAAUGGGAGCUUGCAGAGGCUGAUUUUACGGAAGGCCUCAAGUUGCACCCAGAGGCUACCGGGCUGUUCGGCGCCGAGACUCUGUCCCACCGUGCUGUGGUGGCGGAGAAGCUUGGUCAUCUGACGCAGUCCCUCCAGGAUGCCGAAGGCGUGCUGCGAAUCAAGCCUGAUGCCGAGGACAUGCGCUCGCUGAUGGCCCGCAUGGUUUCGCGGAUCAUUGCCGGCGUGACCAGGGAGCUGGUCCAAGCUGAGGAUCUGGAGACGCGCCACCGUUUGUGGAGGUCUUUGAUUCUGACAUGGCACCCGGAUAAACAUCCGGAUCGUCCUACUGGUGCAGCAGAGGUCUGCAAGCACCUGAACUCGUUGAGGCAGCUAGUUUGCCACUGA